AUGACGUCUCUUUUGAGAGUGAAGCACUACCAACUUAUUUAUCCGACCAUGGAAAUGAGUGAUGAUGGAAAUUACUUUUGUGAUGCUAAAGAACCUCUAAGCGAUAAAGGCUUGGACAUGGAUUCUGAAGCCGAUGAUUUUUUUGACGAUAACUUCUAUGAGAACUGGGAUGGCAGGUCAAUUGAUGGUAUUAGUGACCUUGGUAGUUUUAAUUUAAAUUCACUAAUGGUGGAUGAGAUUAAGAUGCUACAUUUUCCAUAUCUUAAUGCCGCCUUCUCUUUCUACAAUUUGUAUGCCAAAAUGAACAGGUUUGCUGCAAGGAGGAGCAAGUUGAGGCACAAUGUUAACAGUGAUAUCACGCAACAAUCAUUUGUUUGCUUUAGAGAGGAAUUUAGGGAGACAAAAUCCUAUGACGAGAGCAGUCAACGUAAACAUGAGCCAAAACCGGAGACUAGAUAUGGAUGCCAGGCUGAGAUAUAUGUUCAUGUCCAUAUAGAUACUGAGAGAUGGAUCAUAACAUAUUUUCAAGAAGCUUGUAACCACGUUCUUGCUAAUGAAUUGACCUUCAUGCUUCCGGGACAUAGGAAGAUGGAUGCUGGCGCAAUCAACCAAAUGAACAUGAUGUUGAAAGUUAGGAUAAAGACUCCUCAGAUUUAUGCAUCCUUUGUCAACACAUUAGGGGACUUCCAAAAUGUUCCAUUGUUAAAGAGAGAAUAUUCGUUUGAUACUUGGCUGACAAAGAGGGUCAUUUGGUACAUGUUUUUUGGUCUAACAAAUGUAGUCAAUUGGAUUAUCAUAUCUUUGGAGAUGUGUUGGCGUUAUGCGACAUAUCAGGAAAAUAAGUACAUGUGCCCUCUUGUUGUGUUUUUUGGUAUAAAUCAUCAUAACCAAACCAUUGUGUUUGCCGCUGCUCUUGUCUCAAAUGAGAAUGAGGAUACUUAUAUUUGGUUACUGCAACAAUUCUUGGAAUGUAUGAAUGAAAAAGCUCCUCAAUGUGUUAUCACGGAUGGUCACGGAACCAUGAAAAAGGCCAUUGAAUCAGCGUUUUCUAGUACCUACCCCCGGUUUUGUGCAUUGCACUUAAUUAGAAAUGCAACAUCCAACCUUGGAAACCCAACAUUCACGUCCGAGUUUAAAAGAUGCAUCCCUUUCGAUUAUGAGAUAUCAGAGUUCCAAGACCGGUGGGUGAUGAUGGUUUCAAAACUUGGCCUCGAGAAUAAUCAAUGGGUGUGUGACCUUUAUGCCAGGAAGAAAAUGUAG